AUGACGUUAACAGCUGCUAAUUUAGGUUAUAAGAUUGUCGUAAUUGGAGGUGGUACGGGUGGUUGCUCAUUGUCUAACUGGUGUCAUAAAUUGGUACCCAAAGGACAAAUAGUCGUCAUUGAUCCAGCUGAUGAGCAUCACUUCCAGCCAGGAUACACACUUGUUGGUGGAGGUUUAUGCAAAUUGGAGCAAUGUAUUAAGCCAAUGAAGGAAGUACUACAUCCUGAUAAUGUCUGGAUUAAACAAACAGCCAGGAAAAUCAAUCCUACGGAAAAUUCUGUGACGCUGAAUGAUGGAACAAAGAUUAACUAUGAAUUACUGAUUGUUGCAGCAGGGCUUGAAGUUCGAUUUGACAUGAUUGAAAAUUUACCGCAAGCUUUGUUGGAUCCAAAUGUAUGCAGCAUUUAUCGUGCUGAUUUAGCACAAAAAACGCAUGAAUGUUUAUAUGCAUUUAACAAAGGAACAGCUAUAUUUACCCUACCAAAUGCACCAAUUAAAUGUUCCGGUGCCGCACAAAAGAUAUGUUAUUUGGCGGAUGAAAUAUUCCGGAAGAGAGGCAUUCGUGAACAAAUACAUAUAACAUACAAUACAUUUUCGUCCGAUAUAUUCGAUGUGCCAAAAUAUGCGAAAACAUUGAACGAAAUUGUUAAAAAAAAAUCUAUUGAACUGAAAUUAUUAAGAAAUUUGAAAGCAAUUAAUGUUUUAAAACGCGAAGCUAUAUUUGAGCUUAUGAACACCGAUAACAAACCAACAGGAAAAUUAGAAAUUCAAAAGUUCGAUUUCCUGCAUGUGGCACCACCUUGUUCAGCACCGAAGGUUUUACGCAAUUCACCAGAAAUAACCAAUGCUAACAGUUUCUUGGAUAUAAAUCCAAAAUCACUACAACAUACGAAAUUUGCAAAUAUUUUUGGCAUUGGUGACUGUCUCGGAUCACCAAAUAAGAAAACUGCUGCUGCUUUAUUUAGCCAAAUGAGAACUUUGAGUAAAAAUAUUCCGAAAUUUUUGGAAAAGAAGCCAUUAUUGGACAUGUAUAACUGCUAUUCGUCGUGUCCAGUAAUUGUCAGUUUUCGACAUGUGGUACUUGCGGAAUUCACCUCUGAAGGACCGCAUGAAACAUUGCCCAUAAAUCAAGCAAAACCUCGUUUCAUUUCAUUUUUGCUUACAAAAUACAUACUCCCGUUGAUUUAUUGGAAAUUAGGCGUGAAAGGGCAUUGGUUAGGACCAUCUACUAUACGCAAAAUUCUUCAUCUUGGAGCGAGCAAAUAA